GAACGGUGCUGAAAAUGGCCGUGCAUAACUCUGCGGCAGAGUUUAGCGAUCCUCGCGAGAGAUAGUUCCCGUGCGUGUCACGACAAAACGCAAUCACACGCGCGUGUGUAAAUAGUGUAUUGCCCUCUCUCUCCCCCCGAUGGACAGAUCCCGUGAAAUGAAACGUGUAACGUUGACCUGAUAACGACUACAUUCCGGCGGAUUUCACAGUGGUACAGCGCGGGGGAAAGCGAGCAGCGGUGUCGUGUCCAGGAUCUUGAGACGAGCACUUUAUCGCGCAGUAGAACUUGAUUCAAUAUUCAUUGCGCGUAUAAUUAUUGAAGAUUAUCAGCAAUGGGUCGCCCUCUUCGUAUCUAUGCUCACAACAGUUUGAACAUAAGAAUAAUCAAUUAAGAAGUGUAACUUUGAGUUUACAAAGAUGCGGGAGUGGUGUGGCACGGUCCCCUGGUAUCCAGCAGGGAUCUAAAAGAUAUUUGUGCUUAAAAAACUUAUCUUGAUAUUAAAAUAUAAUGUCAACUAUGUAAAGUGACAUUCUCUUACAUGCACCAUAUAUCAUAGUGCUGAGGAAUAAUGGUUACUAAGCUCUUUUGAGCACUAAAUAAAGUUCUAUUUUAUUAUAAAUUUAAUACACAAUUGUUAAUACCUACAUUUUCUAGUGAAGAGUGUUGUUGAGAGUUUACAGUGCGUUCAAAUUGUAAUAAUAGUCCAUUUUGAGUGUACGUGCGAUAAUAUCAAAGUACAACUGCCAAAAUGUCGUUCUUAUCGAAUCUGAGGAAAGCAUUCCACUUCGGUGGUAAUGAUGCGAAGAAGAAGAAGUUGUACAACAACAUUAAAAUGGACUGUAAUCCAGAGGAGUUUUGGGAGAUGGUGGGUGAAUUGGGAGAUGGUGCAUUCGGUAAAGUCUACAAGGCGCAGCAUAAGCAGUCCAACUAUCUUGCCGCUGCAAAAAUGUGUGCGUUGGAGGGAGAAGAUGAUCUUAGCGAUUUUAUGAUCGAGAUAGAUAUUUUGUCAGAAUGCAAGCAUCCCAAUAUUGUUGAAUUACACGAAGCCUAUUUCGUCGAAGGAAAAUUAUGGAUGUUAAUUGAGUAUUGUGAUGGUGGUGCUGUGGAUUCCAUAAUGGUUGAAUUGGAAAAGGCACUGACAGAAAUGCAGAUAGCGUACAUAUGUCAGCAUAUGACGAAAGGUCUUGCCUUCCUACACAAAUCUAAAGUUAUACACAGGGAUUUGAAGGCGGGGAAUGUCUUACUGACUAUGGCAGGUGGUGUUAAAUUAGCUGAUUUUGGAGUAUCUGCAAAAAACAAGCAUACUCUACAGAAGCAUGAUACGUUUAUCGGUACUCCUUAUUGGAUGGCACCCGAAGUUGUUUUGUGUGAAACAUUUAGAGACAAUCCUUACGAUUUUAAAGUGGAUAUCUGGUCUCUUGGUAUAACUCUUAUAGAGUUUGCACAAAUGGAGCCACCGAAUCAUGAAAUGUCACCGAUGCGUGUGUUACUUAAAAUACAGAAAAGUGAUCCGCCGAAACUGGAUCAGCCUGGGAAAUGGAGUAAGGAAUUUAAUGAUUUUAUUGCUAAAGCACUUAUAAAGGACCCGACCACACGACCCACAGCUGAUGAUUUGUUAAAACAUCCGUUUAUAAGCCGAAAUUUAGAUCCAAAGCCUGUCAGGGACUUAUUACUUGAAUAUAAGGCAGAUGUUGUCGAAGAGGAGCUAGUAGAUGAGGAAGCAGAGGAGCAACGCACAUCUCAGCUUCCUCUGGAGCUGGAUCAAAUCACAGAUGACUCCGCUCCUACGCGUCCUGAUGCCGAUGUUAAGAUUACCGAAAAAGAAAAUCUUGUGACAUUACCUCCGUCCGUAAAGAAAGAGGAAAGUCACAAACGUGAAAUCAAUCGGGAUGGUGAGAAAGAGGAUAAAAAUAAGAGAUUACGUAAGGCUGAAUCUAAGGAGAAUAUUCAGCCUUCUGCGGAAAAGAAGCAGGCACCUAAACCACCGAGCGAGACAAGUGAGCGUAGAUUAUCUCGAGAUAAAGGGCCAGCGCCCCCGCCACCGCCCAUGCGUCAAGAUAGCGAGGAGAAAAAGAAGAAAGAAGAAGAAAAAGAGAAUAUGACGAAUUCAACGGAUAAACAGAGAUUUGUGGAGGACAAACCACAAAUUAAUAAACUUUCUCAAAAUGAAAAAACGGCGAAUCAGCAGGUAACAAAUAUUAAAGAGCAGAAAAACUUAGAGAUCGAAAAUCAGGUGCGAAAUGAAUUGGACAGUUCUGAAAACAUAAAGAGAACAGAAAGUGAAGACAACGCUAAAUUAUUUGAUAAUAUAAAAAGAUUCGAGAGUCAGCAAAAGUUAAUAAACAAAUCAAAUCCCGCUGCGAAGAAGCAAUUGGGAGUAAAUGAGAAGCGCAAAUCGGCACCCGUGAAGCCAGAGAUGAUUGAAGAUUUGUCGAAGAUAAUAUACAAGCAGUCAUCUUUAGAGAAUAAGGAUGGAACGAGAAAUAAACUGUUAUCCGUUGACGACGUAACAAAUUACGAAUUGCAAUCUCGAGAUAAGGAAGAUUACAGAAGUUUGGAGGAGAAGCGGAAAUCCGUCGGAGAGAAAUUGAAUGCCGUAUUGGAGAAACGAUUGUCCAUGGAUUCUGCGAAGAAAAUAAGCGAUGGUUCGAUGGAAACGCUCAAACACAUAUCCCUCGCGUCGACGUAUCUGUCGGAGAAGAGUAAUGUUAAAGCUAGUUCGACGGAAGAUAUUAAGACGCAGUCGGGUGUAACAAAGACUGAGAGUCCCGCUAAGAGUCGCAGUGUGGGAUCAUCCAGGAACGAUUCCCUGGAAAGCUUCUCGGAUGAGUUACAUGUUAAAGCAGAUAGCGCCAAAAUGGAGGACAUAAUGAGCGACGACAAGAACUUGGAAAAGCAGGAUUCGGGAAUUAAUGUAUCGGUGAUUACAUCAACGCCGAUCAGAAGUAGGAACAGUUCGAGAAGAAGCAGCGGGGAUAACAUAGUCGUUAUUACUGGAAAAGCUCAACCGGAACAAGAAGUACGCUUAAACACAUCGACCGUUCGUAUUACUGCCGACUCGCCGGACAUGUCAAACAGUCUGGCGAGUAACAUUAGUCAGGUGACCGUUGUGACGACGCAUCCGCCUGUGCUGGUGGACGCGCCCCCAGCAUCAGCUACAAUGAUGACGGCGCCCUUCCCACGUCGUACUUCACCGACGUCGGAAGUCGUUAUCGUCGCCAAUGAGAUGAACAAGACUCAAGUGAAUGACAAUUCUAUUGACGACGAUACGUUUCCUAGUCUGGAUAGUCUGGAGUACACGCCGCAGGAACAGCCUAUUGUACUCACCGAAGUGUCCAAGAGGAUCGGCAAGAAAUUGGACGAGUCGGAAGUGGUUAUAGUAAGUCCGAUCGUGGACGAGCUGCAGGACACCAGUCAUGUCUCAGUGGUCACGGUCGGAGAUGACAAGGAGCAGGUGAAGGACUCGUCGAUAUCCAAGAAGCACAACGUUAUACGUACCGGCUCGUCUCACAGCGAUCUGAGCUCGAACGAGAGAUCGAGUCUGAGAAGUGACAGCGGGGACGAGAGCGGUAAAGUAAUAGUCGCCAGCACGACCAUCGAGUCUUCAGAUAUGGACGAUUACGAGAGGGAAGGACGAAAUGCAAAGAAGAUGAACGGGUUGAUCAAGAAUGAGUUGCCGCAUCACGUCGACGAUAAAAUUGUGAAGACGGUCAAGCCGAAAGAAGUGAAUGUUAAAGGCUUUGGGAAGGAGAAGCGGGUUUCCCCGGAUAGCUUCGAGGGCUCCAGGUCCCAGAGCGAUUCCAGUUCCAUAAGAUCGCACACGCCAAGCAAGAGUAUCGAUCGCUCCGACGCCGAAUCCAUCUCGACCACGAUCAGCCAGGACAGCAGAGAAUCAAACAAAGAGAAUCGUCUGAACCAAACCCAGCAUGCGGAAGUUGAUGAGGAGGUCGUGUUGCGCCGGAAACCGGAUUACAAUCGUGAGGUAUCCCGGCCGACCAGGACAAAGGAGGACAUACAAAUGAUGAAUCUGAAAAAGAAGACGAGGAAACGCACGAGAAAAUUCGAGAUUGACGGCGUUGUGAUGACGACAACGACUUCGAAGGUGAUAUACGGCGACGAUGAGAACGGCAAGGUGUACGACGAUCAGAUAUUCCGGAAGCAGGAGCUGCGGGAGUUGAAGAUGCUGCAGAAGAUGGAGCAGAAGCAAUUCCAGGAUCUGGCGCAGAAGGCUCAGUUCAACAAGGAUCAGCAGGAGAAGCGAUUCGAGCAGGAACGGCAACUCUACGAACGCAAUGCUGAGGCGGAGCUGGAAGCGCUCGCCAGACACCAGAGACAGCAGAUUGAGCGCGCCGAGGCGCAGCAGGAGGUCGACCUGCGACUGGCGUCCAAGAAGAUCCGCAGUGAGCAGGAGAGGGAACUCAAGCUAUUCCGGGAGGGCCUGAAACAAGAAUUGAGGUUGCUCAAACAGGAGAUAGAUUUGAUGCCAAAGGACAAGCGAAAGAGCGCGUUUAAAAUACGGAAGGAGAAGCUCGAAGCGGAGCACGAGGAGCGGGAGAAGCUCUUCUUGGAGAAGCUCAACGAGAGUCACGAGAUUUCGCUGAGGCGACUAUCGGAUGGCCAUCGUGAGAAAAUCGCGUUGAUGGAAAGACAAUUCUUGCAGCAGAAGCAGCAGCUGAUGCGCGCCAGGGAGUCGCAUAUCUGGGAACAGGAGGAGCGGCAGAUACACGAGCGGCAGCAGCUGCUCAAGAAACAACUCAAGGAUAUAUUCUUCCUGCAGAGACACCAGAUGCUCAUACGACACGAGAAGGAGCUGGAACAGAUGAAGAGAAUGAAUCAGAGGAAGGAGGAGGAAUUGAUCAAGCGGCAGACGGUGGAACGUAGAAAUCUGCCGAAGAGAAUUCGCAACGAGAUGAAGGCGCGCGAGAUGAUGUUUCGGGAAUCGAUGAGGAUCUCGAUGUCGUCCGUGCUCGCGCCGGAUCCGGACGCCGAGCGUGAGAAGCUGAAGAAGUUCCAAGAGAACGAGAAGAAGAGAUACAGAGCGGAACAACAGAGAUUCGAAUUGAAGCAUUCCAGACAGCUCGAGGAGGUGAGAGCUCAGAGCGACGCCACAAUCAAGGAAUUGGAGCAAUUGCAGAAUGAAAAGAGGAAAAUGCUGAUGGAGCAUGAGACGCUGAAAUUGAAGGAACAGGAGGAGGCUUACGGCAAGGAGAUUCGCGAGUGGAAGGCGCAACUGAAACCCCGAAAGCAGAAGCUUGAGGAGCAAUUCGCGUUGCAACUGGAGGAGCAAGAGGCGAUUUAUGGCCCCAGUGCGAUACCAUUAUGCUUGCCAGCUGAUCUUCUCGACUUGGCGCACCAUACGACUGAAUCUACGCGUAGUUCGUUGUCUUCUGUAAGCGAGGGCUAAAGCGACGUUCGAGAAUACGAGAGAAUACGUAUAUAAUUUGCGUAAUUUUGUAUCUAACUGUCUUGAACUGAAAUGCGUGGGUUACAUAAUUGGUAUGCUUGUAUACCAAUUGUCUUUAUGACUUGUACAUAUAUAUAUCGCGGUAACUCAUUCAGGAACUGAAUAAUUUCUACCUAGGCGCGGCAGUUUGUAUGAUGAGUAAUAGAGUCACCGAGAACAAUGGCGAUAAUGUGUUUCGAAAUUUUUACACAUAACGUUUGAAUGAAAUCAAUAACAUAGUAACGCUAAUUAAAAUACUAUUUGAUCACCGGAUUGAGCGCUAAUCUUUCGUAACGAUAUACAGCUUUCGAAUUUAAAUAUAAACAGUGCAAAUUAUUACUCUGAAAGCCAGUUUAUAAUUUGAUACUAGAAAUAUUUGGUAUAAACUCUAUCUGUAUAGAUUGUUAUAUAAUUUAUAUACUACAAUAUAACGAUACAUUGAUACACUUAAAUUAAUCCGCCCAUGCCUAAUCUUGAAGUCUUAUUGCAUUGUGAAAGACACUAAUACUCCGCUAGGUAUCGAGCAUAUCUUUUGUAUGCAUUGUAUACCAUAUAAAGGAAUAAUUUCGUUAAUGCCCAUUUAAUCAAUAACUUGAAAUAAGAAAGGAUAAUCUAUCGACCACUGUUGUGUAUGUACGUAUGUUUAUAGAGAAUUUGUAAUAAUUUUACAGUUAUAUACAAUUCACAGGCACGAAUGUAUAUUUUUUACAUUUAAAAAAAUUAUACUAAUUAAUCCAAUUCAUGAUCGAGUGCUGUUGGAGCGUUUCGGAAAUUUGUAAUAUUCGUUAUAUGUAAUUAUAUGUAGCGGUAGUGGUAGACGGCAAGUAAUAUAGAUCGUUAGAUUUGUUUUAAACAAUCACGAUUUUGAGGUAUCAUAUACAUAGAAAACGUUGGAUGUACAUGGUAAAGUUCAUGUAAUAAUGUUAAGCUGUAGUCACCAUGUUCGGUUAUAGUUACGUUAUUUAUAACAAAAGUUUAUGGUAGUAACGCGAGUAUUCUACUUCAGACGAAUAUUUUAGUAAAUAUCUGUAAACUAGAAUUGCUUUGUUCCUCGGAUGAUUAUUUUUUCUCAAUAAGGAAACUAUAUUUCAAAUUUUACUGCAAAAAAUAUACGUCUAUAUUUUGAUUUAUAAUUAACCAAGGCGUACACAUGCAUAUUUUGUAAAUAAUAUGUUUUGUCUGCAUAAUCAAAAUAAGAAUCAAAAUUCUUCAUGCAUUGUUACAAAAUGAACGACACUCCUUAUGUAGAAGAUCUAAUAUAUAUCAUUAUAUAGCGAGAGAGGGACAAAGUAAUCUGGUUUUACAUUGCACUAAAAAUCAAAGGAUAACACCAAAUAUACAUACACUGUACGUUUGCAUGGUUGUGUAGCCUGAUGACAUUCUAGAGAAUCUCUCUCAUAAUGCAUACUUAAAACGAGCAUGCGUGGCUAAUGCAAGCUGUAAAGAGUACUUGUAAAAAAUAUUUUUUUUUAUUUGUAAAUUAAUUCUCGUUACGAUGUUGAUUAGUUUUGUAUAUGUACAGAAUGUCUCAGAUUUGUCAAAAGUCUUUUCGCUCAACAAAUUCUUUAAUUGUCUUAUAAUGAUGUUAAAGUAUAUUUUUUCUUAAAAGAAAAAUAUUUUAAAGAAAUUUCAAGAAGAUUCUGAAUUCAUCUGAUCGACAAUUAGACUGUGUGACUGAAAAGAAAUGCGACAAUAUGCAUUCUACAUAUAUAUAGUUAUAUGAGGACUUUCAUGUACAUAGAAUUCUGAAGAACCGAUUAAAUAUUAAGAAGCUGUAAUCUAGUAUAAAUAUUAUCAUGUUGCAAUGAUUU